UUCAAAAUGGCUGUCGAAUGUGUGAUAAAAAAUGCAACAAAAACAGUUGGAGAAGGUCCCCAUUGGGAUGACAUGACAAAUACACUUCUCUAUGUGGACAUUCAGGAAAACACUAUCCAUAGAUUUAACCCAGAGACGAGCGUUGGUGAUAAAAUAAUACUAGAGGACACAAUUGGAUUUGUGGUACCCGCUAAAAAGGGUGGAUUGAUAGCUGGCGUCGGUCGUUGUCUAGUUCAUGUUGACUGGGAUACGAAGAAGGUUACCAAACUACACGAGGUGGAGAAGAGUCUAAAGACACGAUUUAAUGAUGGAAAAUGUGAUCCGAGAGGAAGAGUCUGGGCAGGAACAAUGGGACCAGUUGAUCCUGACGUCGAGAAUAUGCCUAAAAUUGGUAGUCUGUAUUGUCUUGAUCUGGACGGCAGUCUGCACACAAUGGUGAAAGAUGUUGGUAUCUCUAAUGGGCUUGCUUGGACCAGUGACGAAAAAACAAUGUACUACAUCGACUCGACACCACGAAAAAUAUAUCGCUAUGAUUAUGACGUAACUACAGGAAAGAUCUCUAAUCAGAAAGUAGUUGUAGACAACGCUGGAAAACCAUUAUCAGACUUCGGUUUUCCUGACGGAAUGACCAUUGAUACGGAGGGUAAACUAUGGGUCGCAUGCUUCUUUGCCAGUAAAGUUGUUCGAUAUGAUCCAGAGACAGGUCAAAAACUGCAGGCUGUCAACAUCCCUGCUCUAAGAAUAACGUCAUGUUGUUUUGGCGGGAAGAAUUUGGAUGAACUUUACGUCACAUGUUCCGCUCACGAGGUCUCUAAAGAAGAGUUUCAAAAAUAUCCUAUGACCGGUUCUGUUUUCAGAGUUAAAGGUCUUGGCGUGAACGGUAUUAAGGCUCAAAUCUAUGAAGGAGAAAUCAAAGAGGGUUAAAAAGAUGUUUUAUGCAGAAUUUGAUAAAGAAAUAUUCAUGUAUGCAUUCAUUCAAUGUUCAAGUUUUUC